AUUCACAGUGUUCAUCUUUUUGGAUUCACCCAGAUUUCAAUAAAACCUAGCCCUUUCUUGGUGACUGACUGAUUCUUUUUCUGGAUGAGUUUUUCCUCCCCUUUAGGCGGCUUACACCUAAUAUUUGACAGAAAAAAGAACAGAGAUGCCGCUGGUUAUGAAAAGAAACAUAUGUUUUGGUUUCAUGGGUGGUUGUUUGAGCAAUCGAAUCAAGGCCGAGAGUCCAUCACAAACAGGAAGAGGAAAUUCAAAGUCGACAGGAAGUAAUCUUAGUAAUUUGAGUAUUAAAUCAACUUCCAUGUUACUAGCUCCUCGUAGUGAAGAUGAUAUAUUACAGUCUUGUAAUUUGAAGAAUUUCACAUUCUCUGAACUAAAAAACGCCACUAGAAACUUCCGGCCAGAUAGUGUUUUGGGUGAAGGUGGGUUUGGUUCUGUUUUUAAAGGAUGGAUCGAUGAACAUUUGUUGUCGGCUGCAAUUCCUGGUACUGGGUUAGUGAUAGCUGUUAAAAAACUUAAUCAAGAAGGUCUGCAAGGUCACAAGGAAUGGUUGGCUGAAAUUAACUACCUUGGUUUAUUGAAGCAUCCAAAUCUUGUUAAAUUGGUGGGUUAUUGUUUAGAGGAUGAUCAUAGACUUUUGGUUUAUGAAUUCAUGCCUAAGGGAAGCAUGGAGAAUCAUUUGUUUCGAAGUGAGUGUUCUUUUUUUCUUUGUAUAGAACGCGAAUUUGUGAUCCAUCUUGAUCUAAUUAUUGUUUUUGAUGGAAAAAUAGGAGGGUCUUAUUAUCAACCACUUUCUUGGAGCCUGAGAAUGAAAAUUGCUCUCGGAGCUGCAAAGGGGCUUGCUUUUCUUCAUGGAGAAGAUGCAAAAGUUAUCUAUAGGGAUUUCAAAACGUCUAAUAUCUUGCUUGACUCGAAUUAUAAUGCAAAACUUUCGGAUUUUGGGUUGGCUAGGGAUGGGCCAACGGGGGAUAAAAGUUAUGUCUCGACAAGGGUUAUGGGUACAUUGGGCUAUGCUGCUCCUGAAUAUGUAGCAUCAGGGCGUCUUACUACGAAGAGCGAUGUGUACAGUUUUGGAGUAGUAUUCCUAGAAAUGAUAUCGGGGAAGCGAGCGAUUGACAAGAACAGGCCAAACGGAGAGCAUAACUUGGUGGAUUGGGCUAAACCGAUUCUAAUGAACAAAAGGAGAAUAUUUCGAGUCCUUGAUGUUCGUCUAGAAGGUCAGUUUUCAUUAAGUCAGGCCAUAAAAGCGGGUAAUCUAGCCCUUGAGUGUCUUUCAAUGGAGCCCAAGUCAAGACCUAGUAUGGAUGAAGUGGUGGCCGAACUAGAGCAAAUUCAACGACAGAAUGAAGCAGAGGUUAGAAGCUUGCGAACUGCAGAUCAACCUAUUAGUGGCAGAAGAAAUAGUACUGGAGUUUCAACCACUGCUUAUCCAAGGCCUUCUGCAUCUCUGUAUGCCUAAUAACUGCAAAAAUCAAGUAUAAGUUUUGUUGUAUAAUUGUAUUGCAAGAACUAUAUAUAUAUGUGUACAGUUCUUAUUUUUAAGGUAAAUGUUUUUCAGAAUUCUUGGUCUGAGAGAUAUUUUGGCAACCCAAAUAAUAGUGUCAAAUGUCUGUAUAAUAUUUUAAGAUGACAAAUAAACAAAUGUAUAUCUUGGACACAUUCUAUGUAGUCAGCCAUGUUACAAG